CAUGCGCUGAUUUGGCGCUGGCAAAGUUCACGUAAAGUGUUCCUGGCUAGUGAUUUUCUCCCCAGUGCCGUUGCAAAAAAAGUGUUCAGUCUUUCAAAACCGGUAAAGUAGAGUGAUACAACAUUAUUUGAUAGUAAAUCAAACAUGGAUUAACGUUACUAUCCUUGAGCAAAUCACUGAAGGCGUGUCAAGACAGAGCUGCGGUGGCAAUGUGGAAACUGCUACCCCUACAAUCUGGAGGUGAAACAAUUUACUUGCUGCCUGGGAAGGAGUAUGUUGUGGGUCGUAAGAACUGUGAAAUCCUACUUGGCAAUGACCAGUCCAUCAGCCGUGCCCAUGCUCAGUUGUCUCUUAACAACCAGAGUCUGACAUUGAAGGACUCCUCUAAGUAUGGCACUUUCGUCAAUGAUGUUCAGCUGACAGCUGGCUCUGUCCAGACCCUGAAAUCUGGAGACAGGUUGACCUUUGGGGUCUACCAAAGCAAGUUUACGGUUGAGCAGGAGAGUGUGAGGGUGUGUUCCUCAUGCUUAGAGAACGAGAGCAAGGCGGAGCUGUCCCGGGCCCUCUCCUCAUUUGGUGGCCGGCUGGUGAGCUCAUGGGACCAGGAGUGUACCCACCUCGUUAUGCCCUCUGUGAAGGUCACCAUCAAGACCAUCUGCGCUCUGCUCUGUGGGCGACCCAUAGUGAAGCCCGAGUUCUUCAGCGCGUUCAGCGCAGCCCUGAGGGAGAAGAGGAGCCCUCCGCAGGCACAGAGUUAUUACCCUGAGAUUGACGAGCCCAGUCUAACCAAAGAGGAUGUGGAUCUGAACUCUCGUCCUGAGCGACAGCGACUCUUUGCUGGAAAGAACUUCAUCUUCCUCAACUCCAAACAGAUGAAGCGCUUGAAUCAGGCAGUGAGUUAUGGAGGUGGGCGGAGUCAGCUCCUGGAGGAGGGAUCUGUCCCUGUGUCACUCCUGGAGUCGCCAGGGAGCUGCGUGAUUGACAUGACAGUAGGCAGCUCUCAGACACUAAUCUCCGCCUCUUCUAGAAAGUGGAUAGACGCUGUGGGUCAGGUUCUCCACAGGCGGGGAAACAGGUGGAUCUUGGAAUCUGAAAUCGGAUUGGCUGCCAUCUACGCCAAUAACUCCACCUACUGCAAUCCUUGUUCUCCGACGGCGACAGAGUCGGGGAGGAUGAGGAAGGUCAUCCCCGGGCCCUCGCUAUCCCAGAGUGCCUCCGUGGACGAGACGGUUCUCCCUGCAGCGUCGCAGAACAUCACCGCCUACGUGGUGAACACAGAACCCUCACAGGGCAUCAGCUGCCCAAAGGUCAGUGAGAUGACCUCUGUCGGAGAGACACCGGAGAAGCAGCCCAGUCGCGCACGGACGACACCACAUCCCAGGACAACGCCCUCCUCUUCCUCCACCUCCUCGUCCUCCUCUUCUUUCCAGAAGCCUGCUGUCACCAAGGACCUGCCCGCCUCAUGUACCACCGUCACCGAGACCAUGAUGACGCCGCUCACUGCCGCUCAAACCAGCCAAUCAGAGAGGACCAGGAAGGCCGACGUGGCGGUGUCGAGCAAGAGGCCCAGUGACCGUGACGCUGACUCGGCACCAUUCAAGGCUCCGCAGGGCGCACCCAACAAGACGUCCCCCCAGAAACAGUCCGCCCUCACAAACUUCUUUCAGCCGGUCAGCAAAAAAAGACCUCGAGAUGGCAGCGUGGAUACAAGCCAAUCAGAGUUCAAGCUUUUCCGGUUGGAUAGCGAGGAAGAUGAACUCAAAAACAGGAAUUCCACUCCUGCUGUGACUCACACUCCCACCGUUAACGCCACACACGCGACCACGCGCGCACACACAGGCACACACUCCACAACGACCACAACGGCAGCCUUGAAUCAACACCGAACGGGACAGAGGUCCGCUUCGGACCGCAACCAGGACAGAAGUUCUGGUCUCGCCGCAGGGUUUAGCGCUAGUCCUAGCCUGGGUCUGGGUCCGGGCUUAGGUUCUGCGUCAGGGUUGGGGUCGUCCAGGGGAAUUCUAGACGGACUGUCCAGUGAACUUCCAGGACAGGAGACUAAGAAGAGGAAGGAGAUGGAGCAGGAAGAGCCUGCAGGCCCAGAUCUGGACCUCUCACUAGAGGAGCUCGAGUCCAUCAUGAUGGAUGACAUGGACAUGGACAUGGAUAUGGACAUGCCCCCUGAGCCCACAGCCAAUAAAAAACAGCGCUUGGACCAGGAAGAGCAAAGCCCAGCCAAUGGGAAAGCACACCAGAAACAGAAAGAAAAUAGCAUCACCAGUUGGCAGACGUCCUCCUCGGAGACUUUGAAACAAAACGCUAAAAGUCACACAUCAGAAUGGGGCAGUUCUACCAAUCAGAAGCAGUUGCCGGAGCAGGAAAGGAAAGCCUCCACCAAUCAAAAACAGAAGGUGGAGGAAAAGGAAGAUGUCAAAGAGGAGGAAGUGUCUUUUGUGGUUGCAAAGCCUAACGGACACACUUCGUCUGACGAGCACAAACCUGUCAACAGCAGCUCUGUAAAAGAAGAGAAGAAGGACCUGAAGAAUGAUCCGGACUUGCCACGGGGCCUGCUGCUGGUGGAGUUCAAAUCUCUGGUGGUCAGUGGGUCCUCACGGACGGCAAAGGAACCCCUGCAGAACCACAACCCAAACCACAAGAACUUCAAACGUUUCCGCAAGGUUCCUGUCCCAGGCUCGCAGGGUCUCCCUCAGAUCAUCGGCGGCUCUGACCUGGUGGCCCACAGCCGAGGGAAGAACACGGAGCUGGAGGAGUGGCUUAAAGAAGCCGCAGAGGAGGAGAAACAACAUGAAAAGGAGCAGGCGGUGGGAGAUGAGCUGUUCAGGUAUAAUCCUAGACCUGCCGGGAAGAGAGCAAUGAAAUUCUGACAAGUGCUAAAAGAAGACCCAUGAAGAAAGUGUUUACAUUCUUGACGGUUCUGUGAAUUGUUGACAGAAGUCUACUAUGUACUAUGUCGGGAUUAUGUUGAAGCCCAGUGAAGCCAGUUUGAUCUAGAUACUGGCAAGUAUGCAGAUAAUGCGUGGUAUGCCUUAGAUCAGUGUAUGUGCUGGCCAAACAAAUCCUCUGAUUGCAUGAAGUUUUUUCGGAGUAUUCUAUUGUAUGUGUUUAACAUUUUCGUUUUACGUUUCACUGAUGGCAAGCAAUGUAAGAAAAAACACAAGACGCCUGUUCUUAUUGGAAUAUUUUGAAAAGAUUUAUUUGUUCUUAAUAAAAAAUAUUGUAUACAAAACAUAA